AUGAACGGCCCAGAGGAGAUGAGAGCACACCUAGACAGCUCUGCCAACAUAACUCACACUCUGAUGAGCACCAGCAGUUGCAACAAGGUUAGGUUCUUCAAGCGCAACGUGUACAAGCACCCCAAGUGGGGAUUCCUCUAUUGGCUUGACCCCAGGGGAGAAGAAGGACCAGAUACACUGUAUGGAAAACAAGUAUACUGCUGGUGGCACUUCAUUGCCUCCCAUCCAGGUGCUUUCAGGGAUCUGGCACAAUGGCAUUGUCAUGGGUUUGCAACCCCACCCCCUACAGUCUCCACACCUUCAUCUGCAAGAGAGCUGACCCAGGCAAUGCAGAACCUCAUUCUGCUUUACCCAGCAGACCCACCAGCCUACACAAGCAGGCCAGCAAUACCAGUGACCCCUUCAGCAUGCCCAGACACUCCCAGGCCAACAGAGGCGCAGGUACCAGCACCUUUGCCCUUCCCCCUGUUCUCCAGCACACCAGACACUUGCUGGGCCCCAGGAUACUUGUCCCCAGUGAGAGAAACACAAUGGGAGCCUCAGAGCUACCUAGGAUGGAGCGAUGAGGAGAUAAGAAGGAAUGUGGAAACAUUUGAAGGCAGUGAGAAUGAGGAGCUGUUUAGUUUUGAGGAGUUACUAGCUAUUGAUUCAGUCAUUUCACUCUUGGUUGUGACAGAACUCAAGGACUUGGUAACCAAAAGUCCAGUUCUUAUCCAUUCCAACCCAGACUAUCCUUACUACUUGGAGACAGAUGCCUCAGGAGUUGCUAUGGGAGCUAUCCUAAGCCAAAGAAGCUCUGAUGGACAACUGCAUCCCAUUGCCUAUAUGUCCAAAUCCUUCAGUGGCACAGAAUCCAAUUAUGACACCUACAACAAGGAACUACUGGCAAUCACCAAGGCAUUGGAAGAAUGGCAAAUUUUCCUCAAGGCAACCCACACUCCAAUCCAGGUAUUUACAGACCACAGAAACCUGGAGCAUUGGAUGAGCACCAGAACAUUUAACUGGAGACAUGCCCAAUGGAGAGUAUUCUUAAGUGAUUUCAACUUUGAAAUUCACUAUAGACCAAGAAAGCAAUCAGGGAAACCAGACACUCUAUCAAGAUUGGAUUACAGGGACACAAAACACAAACCAGAAGUCAUGCUCCCCCUGGAGACCUUUGCCAAUCAGGGUGUAUUGGAGGAAGAAGUUGCUAUCACCAAGGAAAUACAGAGCAAGAUAAAGGAAGAUCUGUCACUAGAACCCAUUAUCAGAUUCCUAACAGAAGACAUUGAAUCUGCACCACUGUCCAUCAAAAAGGUGUACCAAGAUUAUGAUUGGGAAGAGGACCUUCUCUGGUAUCAAGGAAAGCUAGUAGUCCCAGACUUGGAACCCCUGAAGGAACAACUUCUCAAAGAAUUCCAUGACUCUCCUUUGGCAGGACACCCUGGACAACAAAGGACAUUAGAACUCCAUAACCAGAACUACUGGUGGCCUGGAAUGAAGGCUCCUGCUAAAGAAUGGGUCAAGUGCUGUCCAUUUUGCCAGAGCAAUAGAAGGGCAUGUGCUCCAACCAUCUCCUUGAAACCAUUGGAAGUACUGCCUUACCCAUCUCACACAAUCUCCUACAACUUCAUCACAGGCUUUCCCAAGUUGCAAGGGCAUGAUGCAAUCCUGGUGGUAAUUGACUCCUUCUCUAAAUUUGGCCACUUUAUCCCUACCUCCAAGAAAGUGACUGCAAAAGGACUGUCAGAAUUAUUCAUCAACCAGAUCUGGAAACUCCAUGGUUUACCAAUCAGAACCAUUUUAGACAGGGGCACUACAUUCACAGGGUAA